AUGGAAGCUGAGCGCAAAAGAUUUCAAUCAAACGAAUCCUCUGACGAACCUCAAAUUUAUACCCCAGAUCACUCUGAAUUACUGCUUCAACUUCAAGAAAAAAUUAAAUCUCAAGCUAUCCGCUUACGAUCCCUUGAGCAAUAUAAAGAGCUAUGCGAAGCAAGAAUAACUGAAAUAAUCCCUGGCCACCCACUUCCAAUCGAGCCAGACAUGCUUGGCACUUCUUCAAAUCCUUUAUCAAAACAACUAGAAGAUGCUAACUUAAAGAUUUCCCUUCUUCAAGACCAACUUUCCCAAUUCAAUGCUCGAUUUCGCGCAGAAUCCAAAAAACCAGACAGCCAAAACGAAAAUUUAGAAGACCUGUACGUAGAUUUACGGCAUAAAUUUUUAGACCUGUCAAAAGAAAAAGCCCUCCUCGAAGAGAGCUUAAGAGCAGAAAUUUUGGCAUCAGAAGAACAAAAAGUCUAUAUUGAGGUUUUAAAAGAAACAUUAGAAAAUCAUAUAGAAAAACUCGGACUGUCUGGAGUAGGUGCAGAUGCAUUUACCCAGUACGCUAAAGAAAAAGAGCAAAGCGACGAAAAUAGAAGACGCAGCGCCAAGAUGCAGCACACACUAAAAGAUCAAGAAGUGAGGAUAAAUAAACUGGCCGAAGGUUUAGAACAAAAAAGCGCUUUAUGUAAAGAAUUGGAAUAUGUCCGUGAUGAACUAAAAAAACAAUUGAGCACUGCCACCUCUGCUUUGCAAUAUAAUGACAAUGAAAUCCAUAGACUUGAAGCAGAAAAUUCUGAAUUAUCAAAAAAUCUUGAAGAAGCUACAUAUAAACUCAAUAUACUUACCCAAGACCUCGAAAACGCUCAGAAUUCUCAUACAGAUUUGCAUGAAGAGCACUCAAAAUUAAAAGAAAAUUUAGACCAAGAAAAAGGACACAAAGAAAAAUUCGAAAAAGAGCUGGAAUCCUCCAGGUCUGAACAUGCAAGAAAUGAAAGGAGCCUUAGAGAAGUUCAACAAAGCUUUAAUAAUUUAAGAGCAAGGAUAGAAGAAAAAGAGAAUGAAAUUACUAUAAUAAAAGAAGACCUGCAGCGGGAAACUGUACAGAAGCAGUCAAUAGAAAGGGAAUGUGAAGCUUUGAAUGAAAAAGUGAAUUUAACUGAAGGGAAACUAGAUGAAACAGAAAAAACUUUGGAACAAUCCAGAAAAAGAGAAGCACAGACAAGCAUAAAUUUAAGCCAAAUCCAGUCCCAGCUAAACCAAGCUCAAAUUUCUCUAACAAGCUUAGAGACAGAAAAUAAAGAAUUGCAAAAAACGCUUGAAAAUAAAACCUUUGAUUAUGAAGAGCUGAAAAUCCGGAACGAGUCUAAUCUUAAACAAAUUGAUGAACUUCGUUUUGAAAUUGAAAAAAUGUGGAACGAAAAGCAAGAAACCUAUCAGCGCGACCAAAGCCAAGUCAAAGAAAUAAAUGGGCUUUACGCAAGAUUAAAUGAAAACCAGAAAAACUCUGAAAUCAUGCAAAAUGAAAUAGAGAAUCUUAAUAAUGAAAUUUUAAAUUUACGUGACGAAAUAGAGAAAUAUAAGUCAAGCCUGCUAAUUGCCUCAGAAAAGAGGGACAACUAUGCUAGCGAGCUUAGGAGCCUUGAAUCAUGCCUGUCUCAAGAGCGCACCAACCAUCAGUAUUCUCAAAAUGAAAACACUUCAAUGAAAUUGCAAAUAGAAGAAAUAACAAAAGACUUAGCAAUCCAAAAGCAUCAAUUAAAAGAAAAAGACGAGCACCUAAAAGAAUCUGAAAUCACAAUAAAUUCAUUCAAUGACAUUGUAAAAAGGCUGAGAGAAGAGAUUGAUGGCGAAAGAAAUGAAAGAAGAAAAAUCACUGAAGCUUAUGACAGGCUAAGCUCAGAUUUUGAUAAACUUAAGGACGAAAAAAAUAAUUUAGAAAUUCAAAUUGAAGAAUGCUGCAAAAUUGGAGGAGACUUAGUUGACAAUUCAAAAGAAUUAAACCUCACAAGCGUUUUGGCUGAGUUUUUAGCUUCGUGGGAUCAGCUUCCAGCUGAAUUAAAUUCAGUUCAAAGAUGGAUGCAAUUGGUCAUUGAAGAAAUUCUCCAGAAAUUUGAAAAGAAUUUACAGCUGUCAAGGGAAAAUGAGCAGGCAAAAUCACAGAUAAACUCUUUGCAGAGAUAUAUAGAGGAGCAUAACAGAGAAGAAAAUUUGUUAAGGAGCAAAGAAGAAAUGCUGAAAAAUAGCUUAGACGACCUUUAUAGUCAAAAUAUUCAAGUUAAAGAAAACCUCCACACUGAAAUCGCAGCUUUGCACAGAGAAAUUAUAGGACUAAGGUCGAAUAUUCAAAAUUUGCAUGAAGAUAACGAAAAAUUAAAUGACGAAAUUCGCAAAAUUUUGCAGGAAAACCAAAGCAUUAAAUCUUUAAGUGAAAGCAAAAAAGAAAGCUUAGAGCGAAAAAUUUCACUAAUUGUCAAGCAAAAAAGAGACCUAGAAGAUAUGAUGACGAAAUUCUGGAGAUCAAAAGCAAUUGAUUCUAAAAGAAUUUUUGACGAAAUUAUGAGAAUAAGAGCAGAAGCUGAAAGGUGUGAAAGUGAAAAAUGGAGGCUAAGUGAGCAGUUAGAUCAAAAUGUGGAUUUAAAUACAAAAGAUUCAAUUAAAAGACAGAUAGGGAAAUGUGAUGACCAAUAUUUAGAUUUUAAGAAAAGGCUAUAUUCGUUAGAAAAUGAACUAAUUGAAAAUGAAAUGAAAGAAAGCAGGAAAAAACUUAUUGGGGAUACAAGAAAUUAUAGCUUGAUUAAUGAAAGCGGGGAUGGGAUGACAAGAGAAUCUUUGUCAAGAUCAGCUUAUUUUGAAAGCCCAAGAAAUUCUUAUGUGGGGAGAAAUCCACGCCAAUAG